UGCUGCGAACAGUUGCCGCUCAACGCUGCUCGCAAACAGUUCAGUCAAAAGUUCACCACCACCUCCUCGGUUCAAUUGCAGAGUGCGUUACGCUAUCGGUAUCGAGCCUAUCGGUUUAUCGUUCUAUGCGUGAGAAGCAGCCGUCACUUAACGUCACGUCACGUAUACGUUUGUGUUGUUGCGCAUCCUUAACAAAAGGCAAGCGGGGAGAACUGUGUAACUGCUGCUGGCAGCUUUGAGAAGGGAGGAAAGUGUUGAUUAUCAUCGUGAAGAUUUGCCGCGAGGCAAAAACAAUUGCGGGCAACAUUUUGUUGUAAUGUUGCACUGGCGUGUGGCUUUUGAGAGCGGCUGCGAGGAUCACAAUCUCUGGCUUGGCCAGGAGCGAUACGAGUACACGCAGAGUCAGCACCACGGCUAGAAGCCGCAACAUUCGCACGAAUUCACGAAUUUCGAUCUGUGCAACAAAAAGUGCAUUCAACUUGCCACAAAAUACACACACACUCACAAAGGCCAACAGAGCGCAUGAUCUCGAUCUUCACAACGAAAGCAACAAUAUCCAAAUUAAAAGAAAUAAACCACAAAAAUAAUCAAAACAUUUCCACCACAACAACAACAACUGUAAAACGCGUGUGCAAAAUUUCUGCGUUGAAACAUUUUUCAAAGUUUUCGAUUUUGUGUUCUUAUUAUUUUUGUUUUUUUUUUGUUUUUGCUGCUUUUUCUUCGAGUGUUGUAUUUGCCAUUUGUUUUUUUGGUAUUCUUUGAAUUGCAAAUGUGAAAACGAAAACGAAUCAAACUCAACGAAAUUUCGCCAACAAUAAGAAAAACAACAAGAACGACAGCGACAGCAACAAAACAUCAAUAGAGCGCCAAGCUACAGCGCAGAGAGAGAGAGAGAGAGAGAGCGAGCGAGAGAACAAGAGCCGGAUCCAGAUCGUGAACGAGAGAGCCAAGAGAGAACGAACGAACAGUUUGAAAAUGGUGCUACAGAAUCACAACACUGUAGUUGCCCGCUCCACACUGACGCCGAACAGCAGCAGCCAGAACUUUGGCUCCCACCAUGGCGGUCAAUCGCUGGGCGUGGGCCGGACACCGUUGAGCAGUGGACCGAGCAACCAGCGUCCGAUUGUCGAUCUGCUGGUGGCCAUGGUGGCUGUCCCUGUGUUGAUAUUGUGCGCCUUGCAGCUGGAGAAGAAUCUGCACGAGAUGCACGACAGCGCCGAGUCGCGUUGGCUUGUGUUUGCCCUGGGGAUUGGCAUGCUGGUGAUCAGUGUGAUCAUCUGUGGCUAUGUCACACAUCGCAUGGGCGUCUGCAUCUGGGCUGGACCCAUCGACGAGGCCGGCAAUCGUGCUGGCAAUGGAGCACUCCCCCACAUCAACUCACAGAAUGAUGUGCUGCGCAUUGUGGACUCGCUGCCGCCCAGCUAUGAGAGUGUGGUCAAGUGUGAUCUGCCCCCGCCGCCAUACGAUUGCCUCGUCAUCGAUGUGGAGCAGAGCAAAGCCAUGCAGCCGCAGACAUCGUCGAAGGAUGCGGCCCAAGCUCAGACGGCUUCCGGUUCCAUUUCCAUAGCCAUAUCAGGCGCAACUCUGCACAUCUGAAAUGGGAAGGAAAUGAAAAGCGAUGGCAUCAAAUAAACAGAGAUAGAGCUAGGGAGCGGGAGUGGGAUAGAGUGAGAGUGAAGGAGGCGGCAAAGGCAAAGGGCAAAGCAGUGAGAGGAGAGAGAAAAAAGAGAUUUUUCGCUUGUGGCAUUGAAUUUGAAUCUGUACUUGACCUACUACACGAUGGCGCCAUCUAACGGUGGCUUUUGGCUAAGCAUAUGGCGAUGUAUUUACUUCGAUUUAAGAUCUUAGAGUAUUGUUUUUUUUUUCUUUUUUUUUAUCUAUAGCGCAUUCACUGCUUAACGAUAAACACGUUUCUGUCAUUUUGUUUUUUUCUUCUAAUGUUUUUUUUUUGUUCUAUUAUUUCUUACUUGGUCUACGCAGCAUUGUAAAUAUUCCUAAACACAGCAUCUAGUCCAAAGUUGUACAUAACCUAAAAGAGCUAUAGAUAAAUAUGCCCAAAAAUAAUAAUGCGUACGAGUACAUUUUGUAUUUACUAGCGACAUAUACUAUAUACUAUAUAUAUAUAUCUAUAUAGUUGGUAUCUAAUUGCAUCCAUACACAUUUCAUUGCCAAGUUUGUAUGGGACGUCGAAGUUGGAGAAGGAGGAGGGGGAAAGGGGGUUACAUAGCAAGUUAGCGAUUACCAUAUAGUCUGUAGCUUUGUAUUUAUAUACUUACUUAAUACAUUAUAAUGUAUAUAUUUGUAUGUGCAGUUAUCGCAUAUCGAUAGCCAUCGAUAACGAUUACAUUUAGCUGAUUUCCAAAAUAAAGAAUUCCUAUUAAUAUUAAA